AUGCUGAUCGUGGAGUUUUGGAUCGCUCUCAGCACCACGGUGCUGCUGUUUUCCGGCUUGGGAGUGUGUCUGAUCCUGGAUAAGCGGCGAUCGGUUUGGGUCGAUCGGCGUUUUCCCGGCACCGGCCGGACCGGUGUGCUGUACGGUGACUAUAAGGCGGCCGGCCGUACAGAGCACCGUAUGUACACGACCCAGCGGUUGUAUCGUGAAUUUAAGGCAAAGAAAUGGCCCAUAGGCGGUGCGGUCAUGUAUCUGACACCGUGCGUAAUACCGACCGAUCCGCACUUGAUCGAGCACAUGCUGGGUGCUGAGUUUGUAAAGCUGGUUGGAAGGCACACAACCGGCGGUGCCACGUUUGGCGGUUGGUGGAACGCUUUCGAGGAUAAACAUUUUGAGUCUUUAAUUGAUGUGGUGUCGGAGGAGACUGUAGAGAUGACGGAAGUGAUGUGUUCCACCAGUACGCCGGUAGAUGUAAAAGCGAUCGUGGAGCUGUUCGUGGCACGAGCACUGACGAGAUGUAUAUUUGGGAAGAGAUAUACCGAGGAGGAGCAUAAGCUACCCCUCACAGAAAAGCUAGCCAAACAUCCGUCAGGCACAGUGUGGGAGGUGUUUUCAACGGCUUUUCCAGACGCGGGAUUUACACGCGUGUUACGGAAAGCGUUAAAUCACAUGCAAGAAUAUCCACUUAUUCUGGAGGAGCUUAUAAGUGCCACCACCCCAACCGCGGAUGCUAACUUCCUGCGGUACAUGAAACAACUGGAGCAGCACGCCGGAGCAACCGAUCGUAUGGCGUUCGAAGAUACGAAAAUGCUGAUGCUGGAGCUUGUUCAAAACGUGUUUUACACAGCGGCAGGAACGAUCGUCGCCUGUCUGUUUGAGAUGGGCCACAAUCCAGCGAUACAAAACAGUUUGCACAGGGUACUGAAACGAUCGGGUGAUUCGAUGGUGGACUUUUUGGACAAGGUUAUUGGAGAAACGCUUCGGAAAUAUCCUCCGAUUGAUGAAAUAUCGUUUGUGACCGGUGCCAAUCAUCGACUGCCGAGUGGGGAACUGAUGGUACCGAGAAAAACGAAAGUGAUCAUCCCCAUCUACGCACUCCACCAUGAUGCUGAAUUCUAUCCAGAUCCGCAUCGGUUCGAUCCCGAAAGGCCUAUUCUGAGGUCCAGGAAAGAAACGGUACUCUACCGACCCUUGGGCGGUGUACCGUUUCCGAUUGGGUCAAACUUGGCGCUGCUGAUUGUGCGUGUGGGGUUGGGCAACAUCUUGAAAGCGUGUACCGUGCGCUUAUCUUCGGUAUCCCCAGCAACGUUGAAGAUAUCGCCAAAUCAACCGAUACCGUACCCCUGUGGUCGGGUCGAGCUGCUGAUAAGCCGUGCCGCGUAA